AUGGCAUUGGCAGCCCCCGCCCAGCAGGCCAAUGUCCAUCAGCUAUACAAGCGUCUCGAGACAGUAGGCAAGGGCGCCUAUGGUAGCGUGCACAAGGGCAUCGAGAUAGCGACGGGAAACGUCGUCGCCCUCAAGAUCAUCAACCUCGACACGGCAGAUGACGACGUCGCAGACAUUCAGCGCGAGGUCGCUCUGCUAACCCACUUGCGCGAUGCAGUCAAUAUCACGCGCUAUUAUGGCUGCUAUUUGGAUGGGCCGAGGGUAUGGAUCGUGAUGGAGUUCGCACAGGGUGGAUCGGUGCGGACGCUAAUGAAGGCCUGCAAAAAUAAUAUUCUUCAGGAGCGGUACAUCGUCAUCGUGGUCAGAGAACUGUUGCUUGCACUGUCGUCGUUACACAAAGCCGGUGUUAUCCAUCGCGAUAUUAAAGCUGCUAAUAUCCUUAUAACGGCUGCGGGAAAGGUCAUGCUCUGCGAUUUUGGUGUCUCUGCGUUGCUUGUUACCUCUCAAUCCAAGCGUAACACACUAGUAGGCACGCCUUACUGGAUGGCUCCAGAGGUGGCCCAACCCGUCCCGAACUAUGAUACAAAGGCUGAUAUCUGGAGUCUCGGCAUCACUAUCUACGAGAUGGUCACCGGUAGUCCACCCCACUCCAACCUUGAUGGACUGAAGGUCGUUCAGCUUAUUCCACGGUCAAAGCCUCCGCGCUUAGCAGAGAAUGAAGGGAGCAGGGAACUCAGGGAAUUCACGUCAUCCUGUCUACGCGAGUCACCAGCAGAACGACCGUCCGCUGACGAGUUGUCGCGUACCAAGUGGAUCAAAGCGACCACGAAAACACCUGUGUCCGUCUUGAAAGAACUACUUGCCCAGUAUGAUGCAUGGCAGAAAGCCGGCGGUACACGCGCGAGUAUUGCAGAACCACUAGCAUGGGAGGAAGAGGAGGGGUGA